AUGGACAACGAUAAGGAUAAUGACAGUUUCUCUGACGACGGAAUUGACGAAUUGCCUCCCGGGACCCUUCUAGAACUCGAGAGGAAUGCAUACCAGGCGUCGCAGCCGCAACGCCCUGAUUCCAGAAACAGCAGUAUCCAUAUCCCUCCAAACGCCGGAAAUCCAAGCUUUGCUUCCCUGGCCCGCGGAGCUAUCUCCCGGCCUGCCAGCCGCACUCUCAGCCAUGGGCCCGUCUUGCAGGAUCCUUCACGGCUCCUGCGCCCGCCAUUGAGUUUUGGAGAUGAAGAUUUUGAAGAUUUGGACGCUGGGGUACUAGACGAUGGUUAUGGCCCGGCUCCGGUUGAAUUACAAAAUGCAAUGUUCCUACAAGAUAAGGUUAAUGAUAGACUACAUCCUGGGGCACAGGAGGUUGGGCCACGUCCAGAUCAUGGAGCAAAAAACAUUGCAAAUGGAAAUACCGCUGGUCCCGCCGGUCCCGCCGCGCAACACGCAAUGUCACUUGGGGACACUAUUGUAAUGAGUGGUGUGGAAGAGAUGGCUACAGAUGCGGUGCGGCAGGAAAACGGCGCUGAUGCGCCAGAUUCAGAUGUCUGGGCUGAAAUUGAAGCGAUGAAGGAGCAGAUUGAACAGUUAACUCGAGAACGCGAGAGAAUCGCACAAGAAUUGGCUGCUGCAAAAUCCAUGACCGAAGCUAAGGCCGGAGAAAUUGCAAUAAUUCGUGCAAAUCAAGCAAAAUUGGAAAAGGCCCAUAGCCGACAGUUGAGCACGCUACGGACACAAAUGGCGGAUGAACUUAAGAAGUACCAGGCAGAGAUCGAAGCUGCAACUAUGGACAGCAAAUUACUGACAACUGAAAACGCUUUCUUGAAACAAGACUUAAAGGACGAAACGCAAAAACUGAAUGACCUGCGGAAGGCCAGAGCAAAACUGGAGGAGAACGCUCCGCUAACGCCAAAGAAAACAAAGGUCCUCCCCCUCAGGGAUGGGUUUGAUGAUGACGAAAUCAUGCUCUCUCCUACAAAAUCUGUCGGCAGAAGGUCAAAACGAGGAACCCCUUCAGUGUCUGGAGGGCGAAAACGGAAAACGAUCGAUGACUCUCCUGUCAAAGCUCCUACUUUAGAGUUGAGCCAGUCGUUUGAAACCAACUUGGGUGACCCUAGUGAAUCAGCAGAGCUUAUGGCUGUUGAUCCUGGGCCACGGAAGCCUAACAUAGAGGACCGUAAUGUGCGAUUUAUACGGAGAAUCUUGAAUCACAAGACCUAUCCAAGUAAGGGACGAGACUUGGAGAUAUUUACCAAGCUCUCCUUUCCGUCCGACCCAGGGCGAAUGUUUUCGUCAUUUAUUCUUGAGGCAACAACCGCGAAAUCCUCUGAAAAUUACGCGGUUGAAUAUGCAAAAGCCAUAGUUUCGCUAUGGUCCCGGGCACUUAAAGAAUCCUUCUACGAUCCUAUAGCCAUGUUUAUGGCCAUCAUCAAAUAUAUCAUCAACCUAGACCCAUCAAAUAUUGUUCCACAACUAAUCGAGGACCUCCUCCCGGUACUCCUUAAAUCUGGAUACGUCAACGGUGUUGCCAGAUUCCGCAACUCCCCUGUAUCGCACCAAAAUCUUGGUCAGGUCAAGCAGACCCCCCAGUCCGAGCUCCAUCACCAGGUGAGCUCCACGGAAGCCCUCAACAUCCUCUAUAUAGCAGCCAGCAGCUGCCAAUACGAUUCUGAUGCCCAGCGCAAAUUCUGGAAAAACAUCCUUUACGACUUCAUUCUCGUGAUGCUCAACUCCAACCAACCAAUCGACGACAUAAUUAUAACCCUAAACCUCCUCUCCUACAGCAUCCUCCCAACCUCUUUCGGACCCCUCCUAUCCACCCCCGCCGAACAAACCGCCAACGAAAACUACAUAAUCGACCGGGUCGCCAACCUCCUCAGCGAGCAGCUCUACGUCGACGAAGGCGAAAAGCCCUACACCCCCUGGAAAAUCUCCACCCUCCGCAUCGAAGCCAUGUCCUUCCUAACGACCCUAGCCUUCUCCUCCCCUCACCCCUCCGCUUCCAACAACCACGCCGGCCGCCUCCUCGCCCGCCACCCGACAGCACUGGCCCGCGUCUUCCGCUCCAUCCACGACGAGCUCGAUGCGCUCUACUCAAACCCGCCAGAGCGCGAGCUGCACGUCGCCCUCGUCAAUGGCCUGACGCGGCUGGCGUACGGCAUCAUGCGUAUGUUCCGCGACGAGGUGAAUGUCGGCGCGAAGUUGCGUGUUGUGCCCGGCGCGACGCAGAAGCAUCUUGUUGCGCUGACGCGGUUGGCAUUUUGUGAGGGGCUGCUGUUGGAGGCUGGCGUUGAGGAUGAUACGGUUGAGAUGGCGCAUGAGAUGUUAGAGGAGGCGGUGAAUCCACAAGAGGCGGAGGCAUUGCUGGAGGCGUUUCGGGUGAAGAGUCUGGAGUGA